CAAUAUUUGAGUAUUGUAAAGUGAAAGAUGGAAUCCAACUAUUUAACAAUAUUAACAAGCGCUUUAAUUCGAAAACAAUUAAGAAAAUUGACUCCGAUAUUUCUUCUUCUAAUUCGAACAAAGCGAAUGCAAGUAAAGAACUGAAAAAAUUAAACAUAAAUGGUUUAGGUAACAAUAAGGCUACCAGUACCUCCAGAAAAACACUCGCAAAAAUUGGCGCAUGUGUAUAUUUAAACAGUCCUUACGCAAAAUAUUCUACAAGCUCCAAAAAACCUGAAGAUAAUAAGGCCGAAAAACCACCCAAGAAAUCAUCAGAUUCGGCAUUUACUGGAAUAGCACCCAAAUCAGCUGCAGGUGGAGCGAAGGGAAAAAUUAUAGCAGUUAUUGGUGCGGUUGUCGAUGUACAAUUUGAUAAAGAAUUGCCACCAAUUUUAAACGCUCUUGAGGUUCCCGGUCGGAAACCACGUUUGAUUCUUGAGGUGGCACAACAUCUAGGAGAAAAUACAUGUCGUACAAUAGCUAUGGAUGGUACGGAAGGUUUAGUGCGAGGCCAACCUAUCGUAGAUACAGGAGCACCCAUAACAAUUCCCGUCGGUGAGCCUCUUUUAGGUAGAAUAAUUAACGUUAUAGGUGAACCUAUAGAUGAACGUGGACCAAUUCAAACAGAUCAGUUUGCACCAAUUCAUGCAGAUGCACCUCCGUUUGUAGAAAUGUCAGUUGAACAAGAAAUUCUUGUCACUGGUAUAAAAGUAGUCGAUUUAUUAGCGCCAUAUGUCAAAGGUGGUAAGAUUGGACUAUUUGGUGGUGCAGGUGUGGGUAAAACAGUGCUCAUUAUGGAACUUAUUAACAACGUUGCCAAAGCACAUGGUGGAUUUUCUGUAUUUGCUGGUGUAGGAGAACGCACGCGUGAAGGUAACGAUUUGUAUAAUGAGAUGAAAGUUGGUGGGGUAAUUAAAGAUGACUAUAAACAGUCUAAGGUAGCUUUAGUUUAUGGGCAGAUGAAUGAACCGCCUGGAGCAAGGGCUCGUGUUGCUUUAACAGGGUUGACAUUAGCUGAGCAUUUUAGAGACAAAGAGGGCCAAGAUGUUUUGUUAUUCGUGGACAAUAUCUUCAGAUUUACCCAAGCUGGUUCUGAAGUAUCAGCUUUACUUGGUCGUAUUCCGUCUGCAGUAGGCUAUCAACCAACGCUAGCUACUGACAUGGGUACGAUGCAAGAGCGAAUAACAACAACAACAACGGGCUCUAUUACAAGUGUACAGGCUGUUUAUGUCCCAGCUGAUGAUUUAACUGAUCCUGCUCCAGCGACUACAUUCGCUCAUUUGGACGCUACGACGGUACUAUCGCGCGCCAUUGCUGAAUUGGGAGUAUAUCCAGCUGUUGAUCCCUUGGAUUCUACAUCGAGAGUCAUGGACCCAAAUAUAAUCGGCCCUGAACACUAUGGAGUUGCGAGAGGAGUCCAGAAAAUAUUACAAGAUUACAAGUCGUUACAAGAUAUUAUUGCUAUAUUAGGUAUGGAUGAAUUAUCCGAAGACGAUAAGCUUACAGUAGCUCGUGCUCGUAAAAUCCAACGAUUUCUUUCUCAGCCUUUCCAAGUAGCUGAAGUUUUCACUGGCCAUGUUGGCAAAAUGGUUAAAUUAGAAGAAACAAUUAAAGGGUUUAAAAGAAUUUUAGGUGGAGAACUGGAUCACAUUCCAGAAGCAGCUUUUUACAUGGUGGGCACUAUUGAAGAUGUUAUUGCGAAAUCGCAAUCCUUAGCGAAGUCCUAAAAAUCGUGCA